AUGUCUUCCGUAAAGUUCGGGGGCUCGUACAAGUUGUUCGAGCCGGAAGUGCACGCUGAGAGGCCAUUCAUCGUUGGAGUAGACGAGAGACUGGACUCCCCAGAGACUGCCGCCCUCAAGUACGAAGAAGCAGUUGCGAGAGCAAACGGUGGUGACAUUCGUGGAGUGACUCCUCCUAGCCUUCUCUCAAUGGCGACAUACGCAAAGGCUCCCGCAGCUGUCCAUGGCUUCGACCCGACGAGGAGCUUCCAGGACUCCCCUUACACCCAUCAAUACUCUACACAAGCAUACCCAACUCAGGCGUCGCAAACAACAAGCCAACUUAGCCAGGACUCUUUCGACUCAACAGCCACGGUAGGGAGCGUGGCCUCAUAUGUGUCUGUUGGCCCUACGGUCCUGUCAUACCGACCCACGACAGGGUCAUUCGGCACCAAGGUCCAGCUUCGGGUGUCGCUGAAUGCGACGGGUUCUUACUUCUUCAUUGCCUUUGGUUCCCAGAAGUGUGAGGCUCAGAUAGAGAGCAGCUCACAAGAGGGUAGCGAGCUGGUUUACACGCUGAGCUGCCUUGCGCCUCAGCACAUGGCCACUGGAUGUCAUACAGCCAACGUUCCGGUAUCACUAGUGAUUGAAGGGCCUGGUGGUGAGGAGAUCUCGAGGACGGAGCUGGGUCAGUUUCUAUACUGCGACGCUCAGCCUGGUGGUGCAGGUGGCAGGCAGGACGAUAUCACGAGGAAGGUAUCCAAGUCACCUGGCCAAGGCCAGACUGAGAGCCCGCCCAAAUCCCCCAUCCAGCUACGGUCCGAUUCGACGGCGACUACAAAUACUUACGACUACCCCGUGGCUUCGCAACAGCCGGCCCAAUCGCCGUAUGCCACGGCAUUCCCCCAAGGUGGUAACAACACCAUGAUCAGCACCUACAGAGCUAGUACUACGUUUACCGACCAAUAUUCGAGAGUGGCGCCUCCCGCCCUACGGACACCCGCCGGAGGGUGGCCUUCGUACAGCGCGCAUCUAGAUGCCAACCGCAGUCCCGCCGCCAUUCACCACCACACUGCGAUGACGAGGCCAAGCCUUACACCUAUGCCCCUGUCCGCGGGGGGGUCCAUGCCGCAGCUCAUCCGAACGAGCACUCUCCAAGCCGGCGCGCACGGAAGCGGACAAGGUUACAACCCUUACGCCUUGUACCCCAACAAGGCCGUUUUGGAGAUUGUUGGAAAGCUAGAUACCAUGGCGGAGAACUGGACGCCCGAGGAGUGGGCCAACAGGAGACGCAUCGUGCGCUUCACCAAGACGCAGCACGGAUCGACACUAACGACGAAGUUCCGACCGGUCGGCCCCAACGAGAAGCCGGCGAACACCACCUGCAUCAGCUGCAUCUGGUGGGAGGAGAAGGGAGAACACUUUGUCACCUCGGUCGACACGAUAUACCUCCUCGAGCAGCUCGUCGCGGCGCCGUCGCGUUUCACUGUGGAGGAGAAGAACAGGAUCCGCAGGAACCUCGAGGGAUUCCGGCCCCUGACAGUCAGCAAGACGAAGGCGGAUUCCGAGGAGUUUUUCAAGGUCAUCAUGGGAUUCCCGCACCCUAAGCCCAGGAACAUCGAGAAGGACGUCAAGGUCUUCCGCUGGAAGCUGCUGGAGCCGGCGCUGAAGAAGAUUAUCAGCAAGUACAGCGCGAGCCCCGCGACCAUGGUUCCGUCAUCCCACAUGCUCGCUCCUACGCCUUAUCAUGCUCUUCCCACUCCCCCGCUCACCGCCAGCGCUGUCGCGCCGGAAGCACCGGGAGCCUACGCGGUGCAGGCGCCUUCGCAUCACGACAGCCUCGCCUCGCCUCGGUCUUUAUCUGGUAGUUCGAGUACCUGGGGCCAAUACGCGCCGACUCACGGCCCGCUCCAGACAAUUCCCGGCGCUAGGACGACGAUGUCUCCCAAUGUGCGAACCACUUCGCCACAAUCAUCCCUUCGCCUCUCUUCCCUUCCUUCAGUCAGUUCCUACGACAGCCGAACUAUGACGUCGGGACCGUACACCACCGCGGGGCUGCACUCUUCUGUCGGGCACGCUGCCCAGGCAGCAGCAGUGGCAGCGACGGCGGCAUCGAGGUGGGACGCGACGCCAUCUACAUACGCCGAGAGUUAUCCCAGUCUGAGCACGCAACACAGCCAAGCGCACCACCAGAUCUACAGCAACGGCCACUACGAUGGUACGCAUAGGUCGUAA